AUGUCUGAUCCUAACCAUUUCGACGUAAUCAACCACCGGUCAGCCAGAACAGAACAAAAUGGAAGCCAACCCGAUGCAGUCAUGACAUCCUAUCCGAGUACUCUGGAGUCGACAUCGCUCCCGCAAGCUGCAUCCAUGCUGUCGAAAACCUCAUCAUCCGAAGCCCACCAGGCAAGCAACACUUACGGGAGCGUCAGUGGCACGACCACAGAUCUCACCAAAACAUCUUCACCUCCACUACGCGAGAAAACCGCUUUAGUGAACGUCCAAAGCAAUCAUGUCGGACAUGUCGAAGCACAAGAUGACAGCAAUGUUGGUGUCGAGGAUAACAAUCUACAUUGGUUCAAAGCUGCCAUGAUAAUGAUAGCCGAGACUAUAUCUCUAGGUGUCCUAGGACUUCCACGCUGUCUUGCCGCUCUCGGCAUAAUCCCCGGAGUAAUCCUCAUCUGGUCCUUCGGCCUGAUGGCGACCUAUACCGGGUUCGUCGUCUGGCAGUUCAAGCAAGCGCACCCCGAUAUGAGGACCUUGGCUCACGGUUUGGAAAUGAUCUUUGGACGAUGGGGUCGGUGGGUUGGCGAAGUAUCUCAAUCGCUGAUGUUACUUUUUGUCAUGGCGGCGCACGUCGUGCUGUUCGGGAGUGCAAUGGCUGAGCUGACGAACAGAGGCAUCUGCAAAGUGCUUUCUAUGGCUAUUGGAGCUUUCACUUGCUUCAUCGUGUCACUACCGAGGACGAUGAAAGGGAACUCGUACCAUUCGGCGCUCUCCUGCUGCUCGAUAACAAUCGCGACAACCAUCGCUCUAAUCUCUAUCGCUCGCACAAAUCCAGUCGCCUCUUCUCAUUUCGGACCAGCUUACGCCAUCCUCCCAUACAACCUCACCAGCUUCAAAUCCGCCGCGAUGGCCAGCAGUAGCAUCAUCCUGGCGUUCAAUGGCCAUAUAGCAUACCCAACCAUCAUCACGGAAAUGAUACGACCUCAGGAUUUCCCAAAAGCACUCAUCUUCCUUGAAAGCGUAGCAGUAACUUUCUACACUAUCGUGGCAGUCGUCAUGUACAUCUACGCAGGUCAAGGAGUCACGGCGCCAGCCCUGGGAUCAGCAGAGCCACUAGUGAGAAAGGUAGCUUAUGGUUUCGCUUUGCCGACCAUUGUCGUCGCUGGCGUCAUCAUGGCUGUUGUGCUUGGCAAGAAUCUCUACAGCUUCACCUGGCGACGACGACUUCACGUUACGACUGAGAAUACUUUUCGAGCCUGGGGGAGCUGGAUCGGGAUCCUGGUGUGUUUGUGGGUCUUGGCGUGGAUUGUGGCGAAUGUGAUACCAAUCUUUGGACAACUACUUGGACUGAUCGGAGCACUUUUUGGAACUUGGUUUGCGCUGGGUUUCUGCUCGAUGUUGUGGCUGGGUCUCAACGUGGGAAGACAUUUGGAGAAGUGGAAGAAAGUGGUUUUGACGGCAGUGAAUGUGGGCAUUCUCCUGGUUUGCGCUGGUUGUUGUAUUGUGGGAACAUACGGAUCGCUCAUGGAAAUCAUAGCUGGUGGUGAAGGCGGCAAACCCUUCUCCUGCAACCACUAA